CAACGGCAAAUACAGUCGAUUACCCCAGACUCGGACCCGCAUUGUCGAAGAGUUUGAGAUCAUUCCAUUACUCAACGAUUUGCAAGGGUGAUUCAAUCGAAAUGAGCACGCGACGUCCAAGAAGAUUGCUUGCUGCGUGAGAUGCCCUUCUGUUUUGUUGGCUUGUGAUGAUUGAUCUGAUUGUGAAGUAGUUGCCAUCGAUGCCACUCUCAGAAAAUCAAGUGUUCGGGUGACAAGCCUUGCCAGUCUUGUAAGUCGACAGGCAGGGCGGAUGAAUGUGAGUUCCCUGCGAACAAGGAACGGAAGAUACCAAUUGCUGAGAGUUACCUCAAGAAGCUCGAAGAGGAUAGCAGGCAGCUUCAGGCCAUCACAACCCACAACCAGACUCCAGAAACCAACCCGACAUUCACUCCCUUCGAUGACCAGGAAGUCCAAGCCGAUGCCCCUCCGUCUCUUUCAAAAGAAGAAAGCAACCUGUUCAAUCCACUCUUCGACCGACAACCCGAAAAGCCCAUCCAUGAACGAUCCUCAGAACCAGGCUUCAUCGGCGAAGCCUCGUGUGCUGCCUUCAGCAACAGACUUCUAUCAUGUCUCGACGAUACCUAUACCCCAUCGACAGCUGGUCUGUCAAACUAUCAUCGAAUGAACACAUAUGGGAGACUGCCAGUAGAUCAAGGACCGGAAUUUCCAGAACGGAUGCACGUCAAGUUGCUUCUUAACGUCGCUAGACGAUUCAUUGGGAACUACCAUCCACUGUUUCUGAAAGUUACGUUCAUGAAAGAGAUUGAUGCUGUUUAUCGAAGGGAGGUAGUACCAUCAGCGCUAUGGCUGUGUAAGUUUUAUGCACUCAUGGCCCUGGGAGAGAUAUAUACACAUAGAAGAGGAGUGGGUGACAACAACAGAGUACCGGGAACGAACUACUAUGUCAGGUCGGUCAACUUGUUGCAAGAAAAUCAGGAUCUUUAUGAGGAACCUUCUUUGAUGCAGGUCGAAGUUCUUACACUACUAGCCUGGGCAUCAAACAUACUAGGUCGCAUACGGACAGCAUACUGCUAUAGUGGAAUAGCUAUGCGUCUCGCUCAAAGUCUCGGCAUGCACAGAUCUGCAUCAAGACAUACCACGCUCACGCCUGUUGAACGAGAGAGUCGACGGCGAACAUGGUGGGUGCUUUACUUCUUCGACCGGUUUUCAGCAUCAAAGCUUGGUCAACCUAUCACUGUCCGAGACGAUGAUAUUGAUGUUGAGAUGCCAAGCAUGGAUGGUCUGACAAAGGACGAGAUGGCGGAGUUUCUUGACCCGCAGAAUCUCAUUACUAAUAUUAAGCUUGCUAAGAUCAUUGGAAAUAUCUUGACACAUAUUUAUGGCAUACCCAAAGCUACGAACGGUCUCUAUAUACAUCAAGUCCACGGAAUCUUAAAACAGCUUCGAGAAUGGCACGACGAGCUACAACCAGACAUGCGCGUCAAAGAGCGAGGUACUCCUAGACCCGUCGCAAGUCUUCAUCUUGCGUACAAUCAAUGCAUUAUACAAACAACCCGCCCCGUUCUGCUUCACCUGUUCAAGACACAGUUUCAGCUAGGCAAUAAAGUGAGAGAAGAUGCAUUGCCACGACAGAAUGUCUCUUCUAUCACUCUUGCUUUAGCAGAGAGCUGUGUCAAUGCUGCGCAAGCAUCAAGCCGUAUCGUGGAAGGCCUCUUCCUAGAUGGUAGCAUUGCGACCUUUGGGUACUGGGACGCACAUCACAUAUUCUCAGCAGCUAUGAUUCUCAUCAUGUCAGCGGUCAUGAAACCCACAGCCGUUAACUCAGAUCAUCUUGAGACCUUACUAAGUGUUUUGCGAUCCCUGAAGAAUGAUGGAAACAUCCCAGCCGUCGACUUCUGUGAAAGACUAUCAGACAUCCAAGCCCGGGUGUUGAACCUGAGGGCAACAGGUCGUUUGGACGGCAUGAGCUUCGAUAGGCCCCCGAUGAUUACCCAUACACCCAGCUCUCUGCCAAAGGAAGUUCCACAAGCUCAGGACCAAGCUUUCCAAACACCAAUGAGUAUGGAUAAUGGCUCCGGGAUUUGUGAGUCUGCAAUUAUUGGCUACGAAAACGUAGAUAUCUUGGGUAAUCCUCUUAUUGGCAGCUUCCUAGAUGGAAAUCAAGUACAGUGGUUGGAUGUGUUGUUUACUGAGGAUGGAACCCUGAGGGAAUUUGCUUCUGAGAUUGAAGAACCAUUCCUAUUCAGAUAGUACACAAAUGAUAUAAUGUCCUCGGUGACAUUCAGUCAGUAACCAUCAGUAUAAUGAUUGCCGUAUUAACACUUUGGGAUUCUGAAAGCCUCUCGUUGUUGUGCAACUCUACAUACGAUGUAUUUAUUUCACUACGUAGCCAUUCUCGAGCGUGGUGAUUAUCCGCCAGCUGAGUUGGUAAACCAGUCAUUUCCUGCCGACAACUCAUUACUCCCAGUCUCGUGAAUUGUGG